AUGGCCCCGUUGAGCGAGGUCUACGGCCGAAAGCCGGUUUCAAUUGCGUGCCUGGGAGUGUUCACGGUCCUGAUCAUUCCCUGCGCGCUGGCCAAGUCCAUUGUGGCGCUGAUCAUCGUCCGGUUUAUCGGGGCAUUGUUCGGAAGCGUCAUGAUCUCAACCGCACCUGGAAUGGUGGCGGACCUUGUGACCGAUGAGCAGAGAGCGUUGGCCAUCUCCAUAUGGAGUAUUGGACCUAUCAACGGUCCGGUUUUGGGUCCUAUCAUCGGCGGUUUCGUGACGCAAUACCUAGGCUGGCGAUGGAUGAACUGGAUUGCAUUGAUUCUCUCCGGUGUUGCGUUCUGCUUUGCCUGCAUUAUGAAAGAGACUUAUAGUCCUAUUAUCCUGCAGAAGAAAGCCGCGCAACGACGUGCAGAAACCGAUGAUGAGCGCUGGUGGAGCCGAUAUGACCAAAAGGCCAGCCUUGUUGAGAUGCUCAAAGUGAAUUUGAGUCGUCCCUUCGUCAUGGCCGUUGUUGAGCCCAUUUGCAUAUUUUGGAAUAUUUACAUUGCCAUUGUCUACGGAAUUCUUUACCUCUGUUUCACAGCGUACCCUAUCGUCUUCCGCCAAAUCCGUGGCUGGUCUCUUGGCCUGUCUGGCCUGGCCUUCUGCGGCAUUGGGGUUGGCUGCUUGAUCAUGAUCGCCUGCGAACCCUUAGUCCGCCGCAUGAUCAACAGCCACAAGCACGACCCAGAAACUGGCAAAGUACCGCCGGAGGCCAUGGUCUCAAUCGUCUGUAUCUCUGCGAUCUUGAUCCCGACCGGGGAGCUCUGGUUUGCGUGGACCUGCUCCCCUGCAUCUAUCCCCUGGAUUGUGCCCAUCCUAGCUGGUGUGUUUUUCGGCUGCGGAAACGCUGGUGUUUUUAUCUACGCCUCAAACUAUCUAACGGACAGCUAUGGUGUGUAUGCUGCCUCUGCGCUAGCGGGAAACUCGGUGAUGCGCAGUAUCCUGGGAGGCGUUAUGCCGCUUGUAGGCACUUACCUGUAUGAUGGGCUAGGUCCAAACUGGGCUGGGACGCUGUUGGGCUUGCUUGAGGUGGCCAUUAUCCCAAUACCGUUUGUGUUCUACAAGUAUGGAUAUAAGAUUCGGAUGAAGAGUGCGCUCAUUACUCGGAUGCAGGAGGAUAAGAAGAAGUUGGAGAGGAAGCGGAAGCGCUUGGAACAGCGGUUGGCAGCUGCUGUUGCGGAGGAAAGAGAGAAGACGGAGGUCUGA